AUUUGAUUGUGUCACACACAUACAUCAUUACAGUGUUAUAAUUUUCGAAGAAUAAAAAGAUUCAAAGAUCUUUUUAAUGUCGACAUUCAGUAAAGCACGUCGUGGACUCGUAAAUACCUGUUAUACCUGCUAAUAGUUGCAGUUAAUAAGUUAACAACUAAGAUAUAUUAAAUAUCAAAAAUGUGGACCAUUGUUCACUUUAUAACCGAUGAUUCAGUGGAGCCCGUUCCAACGGAUUGGCUUAAUCAUAAUAGCACUCAAUGCGCAUGGCCAAAUAAUGAUGCGCAAAUUGCCAAGUAUCGAGCAAAUAAAACAAGGCCUAAUGGAUAUGAUUUUUCAUAUUAUGACUGUCGUGUGCUUUCAACAAACAUAUUAUCAUUUACUGAUGCACUAGACAAAGCAAAACGGGGACUGUAUACUUCUGAUCUGGAUGACUUUGAUGUUCAAACAACCAUUUGCAGUUACAAACCAAAAAAAUCAACAACCACCACAGUAAAACAAAACAAGUUUUCAAAGCCGUCAGCAUCUGUUACUGAUUUACCAAGAAAAUCAACCUUUGCUAAAACACCAGGAAAUUCUUUAAAAAGACCGAAUACAACAUUAUUAGAUUCACCAGAUUAUGAAGUUCUUUAG